AUGUAUCGGAAGUUGUCUAAGUUAGAACACUCGGAAAUAAAACAACUUCUUACAGAAGCUAACAUAGAUGUUGCAAAGCAUUACGCAACAAACAAAAAGGCACUCGCUGACAUCCUCAAUGACUAUAAUGGUGCAAUAAGUUAUGAUAGAAUUCAUGAGUUCAUAAAGCCGCAACGCGGCGAGGACGAAGUCCAUGCAAGAACUUUUCCUUUAAAUGACGUUGCUAUUGACUUAUAUCAUAGACGUUCAGUACCUCAUGAAGUAAGAAGAGAAAUGUUUGACAUAACAAAUGCAAACGUUGGUGAAACAAGAAGAAGAGACGACACACUGAAACAACAGAGAAGAGAGAUGUUUAAAAGUGCUAUAGAACAAGUUCGCAAAGCUAACGAUGUCAUUCGUUCCAUUGACGACAAACCAAAAGAAGGUGAGAGAUGGUUAAAGAAAGAUGAAGAGAAUAGGAAGAGAAAUGUGAAGUCAGGCAAUAGACUCAUUGACUUUAACAUCGAAGCUUUAGAUGAACCAAACAGAGACUACUUACACAAACAUUUCGGUAAGGUUUUCAUGAGACUCUUAGAGAAAAUUAAAAUAAACUCCCAACAAAGAUGGAUGGUAUGUUAUAAACUUGGUGGAAAGUAUGAAUGUUCUACGUUAAACCUCAAUAAUAUUGGAACAUUACUACAUCAGCUCUUGAAGGAGAACUUUAUAUCAGAGAUAGAAGCAAAUGCUGCAGGUAUUGUUGAAAUGCACUAUGACUUCUUCUUGACAAACAUAAAGAAUCUUACCGAAAUAAAGAUGUAUGAUUUAACAGAAUAUGAAGGCUUAACGAUGUCAGAUGUAAAGAAAGGCAAACCAAAAAAGAGACCAUAUAGAGAUGAA